AUGAAAGAGAGUUGCUUCAUUUGGAUCAACCCUCCCUCCGGGCCAUAUAGCAGAGUUGGGUCAGGCAUGGCCAGCUCCGGAGGGUUCCGGUAUGCGGCGAUCCUGCUUGUUUUGUGCAUUCUCCAUGUGGACGUCGUAAGGGGACAAAUCACUCACCCUACUGAAGUAAGUGCUCUCAAUGCUAUCAAAGGCAGUUUAAUUGAUCCUAUGAACAAGCUGAAGAAAUGGAAUAGAGGAGAUCCAUGCACAUCAAAUUGGACAGGAGUCAUCUGCCACAAGAUACCCAAUGAUGCAUAUCUUCAUGUAACAGAGCUGGAGUUGUUUAACAUGAAUCUUUCUGGAACUUUGGCACCAGAGGUUGGUCUUCUGUCUCAGCUGAACAAGUUGGAUUUUAUGUGGAACAAUUUGACUGGUAACAUCCCGAAAGAGAUAGGCAAUAUCACAACACUCACUCUUAUAACUUUGAAUGGUAAUCAACUAUCUGGUUCCCUACCAGAUGAGAUUGGCUAUCUCCAGAAGUUAAACAGAUUACAGAUUGACCAAAACCAAAUAUCUGGACCCAUACCUAAAUCAUUUGGUAAUUUAACAAGCAUGAAGCAUUUUCACAUGAACAAUAAUUCAUUGAGUGGGCGAAUUCCACCUGAGUUGUUCAGAUUGCCUGUGCUCCUUCAUCUGCUUGUGGAUACCAAUAAUUUAUCUGGGCCUCUUCCUCCAGAAUUAGCGGAUACACGUAGUUUGAAAAUACUUCAGGCUGAUAAUAAUAACUUCAGUGGAAGUUCCAUCCCUGCUGUAUACAACAACAUACGGACACUUUUAAAGCUGAGUCUUAGGAAUUGCAGUUUGCAAGGAGUUAUUCCUGAUCUAAGUGGCAUACCUGACCUUGGCUAUUUGGAUCUUAGCUGGAACCAACUGACAGGAUCUAUACCAACUAAUAAACUCGCUUCAAAUGUCACCAAGAUUGAUUUGUCGCAUAACUUUCUUAAUGGAACUAUUCCGGCAAACUUCUCCGGGCUGCCUAAUCUUCAGUUCUUGUCGUUUGAAGCGAACAAUCUCAGCGGCGCUGUUCCAUCGACAAUCUGGAGUGGUAUCACUUUUACGGGAAACAGAAGCCUUCUUCUGGACUUCCAAAACAACAUCCUUGACACUAUUCCAGAUGCAUUUGAGCCUCCAAAAGCUGUCACUCUACUGCUUUUUGGAAACCGCGUAUGUGACACUUCUAAUCCAGCUCGAGCAGCCGGACUUUGUCAACCCACAUAUGUAAACGACGCACCAUCUGGACAUGGGCCACAAGUUAGUUUGAACUGCGCUCCUUGCCCGACGGAUAGAAAUUAUGAAUACAGUCCAUCAUCCCCUAUACCUUGUUUCUGUGCUGUGCCUCUGGGAGUUGGAUUUCGGCUGAAGAGUCCAGGGAUCGCAGACUUCCGCUCCUACAAAGAAGCCUUUGAGAUCGACUCGACCUCUGUAUUGGGCCUGAGUGUUUACCAGCUAUACAUUGAGCAGUACACAUGGGAGGCUGGUCCAAGGCUGAAUAUGAAUUUGAAGUUAUUCCCAAAUAACACUAAUUUAUUCACGAUAUCGGAAGUUAUGCGGCUCAGGCAAUUACUUGCUGGAUGGCAAAUUACUCUAUCAGACACUUUUGGUCCGUACGAGCUUCUCAAUUUCACGCUUGGUUCCUAUGGAGAUGAUUUUCCAACUGUGGUGUCAUCAGGUUUAAACAAGGGCGCACUAGCUGGGAUUUUGGCAGGAACAAUAAUUGCUGCUAUCGCAGUUUCAGUGGUUUCUACACUUUUUAUAGUGAGAAGACGCUCAAAACGUCGAACAGUUUCGAGGCGGUCAUUACUGUCGAGGUAUUCCGUCAAGAUUGACGGUGUGAGAUCCUUCACAUUUGAAGAAAUGGCUACAGCAACAAAUGAUUUUGAUGAUUCAGCUGAAAUUGGUCAGGGAGGUUAUGGAAAAGUCUAUAAAGGAAAACUAGCUGAUGGAACAGCCGUUGCAAUCAAACGAGCACAUGAGGAUUCUCUGCAAGGUUCAAAGGAAUUUGUCACAGAAAUAGAAUUGCUGUCAAGAUUGCAUCAUCGUAAUUUGGUAUCUCUGAUUGGCUAUUGUGAUGAAGAAGAUGAGCAGAUGCUGGUGUAUGAAUUCAUGCCAAAUGGCACUCUACGUGAUCAUCUUUCUGCAACGUGUAAAAGACCUCUUAACUUUGCUCAGAGGUUGCAUAUUGCACUGGGUGCUGCAAAGGGAAUCCUCUAUCUACACACCGAGGCAGAUCCUCCUAUAUUUCACCGUGAUGUUAAGGCCACCAACAUUCUAUUGGACUCCAAGUUCGUAGCAAAGGUGGCUGACUUUGGUCUUUCAAGGCUUGCUCCGGUCCCGGAUAUUGAAGGAAAAUUGCCAGCUCAUAUAUCCACUGUUGUUAAGGGCACCCCAGGCUAUCUUGAUCCAGAAUACUUCUUAACUCACAAAUUGACAGAAAAAAGCGAUGUGUAUAGCCUUGGUGUUGUGCUGCUUGAACUAUUGACCGGGAUGAAGCCAAUCCAGUUUGGUAAAAACAUCGUUAGAGAGGUGAACACAGCUUACCGAUCCGGAGACAUUUCUGGAAUCAUCGACAGCCGAAUGUCCUGGUGCCCUCCGGAGUUUGCCACGAGGUUCCUCUCGCUGGGCCUGAAAUGCUGCCAAGACGACACCGACGCAAGGCCUUACAUGGCCGAGAUCGCCAGGGAACUCGAUGCCAUCCGGAGCGAUUUGCCCGAGGGAGAAGAUUUCAUGUCUGUAACCUCCAUGGAGAUAAGCUCCUCAGGCACGCUGACCCAAUCUACGUCGAACUCCUUGAUGACGACCACCGGGGAGCAUUUCGAUAUAUCCCAUGCCUCCAGCAGCGGCGUCCCUUCCAGGAUGGCGAUGAAUCCUCGCUAG